AUGAAAAAAGCAUCAAUCAUUUCUAUGUUUUCUUCAUUACAGCAAGUCGGACGAAUCUUCAUAACAUUGGAGUACUUGGCUCGCAGUAUGAUGUCAUUUGGUAAUAUGAAAGUUGGUUCAGAGCAAGUUGGUGCUCUUCAACAAUGGCAUCCUCAACUUCUGGCUCACAAAUGCUCUUUCGGCAACAAUUUUCGGAGAUUUGGAUUGGACCCUCAUCGUGACGGAAUCUCACAUCAACCGAAAUUCAUGGUUAGUUUAGUUUAG